AUGGAGAAUGUCGAGGCUAGUGAAGCCUCGACCAAUGAGUUGGAUAAUGAUCCUAAGGUCGAAGAGCUGUCCUUGACAAUUCCUUCACUUGAAAUGUCUCCUACCAGCCGUAAUAAGAGUGAAACAAGCCCCCGCAGUCCAUUGCGAUCUUCUAACAAGCAGGAUGCUAAUCUACUCAACAUCGACCCCUCGUCUACUCUAGCCGCAAUCAGUGCACGCUUAGCUAUAGUCGUUCCUCCAGCCGAGAGUGAAAUCGCAAGAAUCAAUCGAGAAGUGCUUGCAGCAAUGGCGAAUAGAGCGUGGAAUACUAAGAAUCAAGGGAGUAGUCCGAGAUCUCCUGGUCGACAAGAUCAUGAUCAACCACCGACUGUAACCGAGUCGACACUUUCCUCAAGUCCGACAUCCAAAGGAGGCAUGACACCAGCUCUGCACGAUUCAGUUGUCGCUGAAGAAUGGGUGAAUCUGCACUUGGAGACUAAUGGGGCUUUUCUUCUUCCAGCUUGUGACAUUGCGAAAACCCCAGCAAUCGAUAACGAAUUGGACGUCGAUCCUGAAGCUUUUGCCUUUCGUAAGGGAGGAGACGGUGGUCCUCUUGGUCGAGCUGGAAUGGAUCGCUAUUCGUUGUAUCAAAUGGGUAUGCCGAAAGACCUGGUGGAUCGGCUUUAUCGAGCGUUGUACGUGUACACGAAUGGCUUCCACAAUAUCAUCAACGAGAUCGCAGCUCACUGCCCUCCACGGUUUGAAAAGCAUGUGUCAUCUAACGCUUGGUUAACGUUUCUUCUGUUACUUGAACAAUGCGAAAAUGGCAAGUACGAGAUGGCAAUGCUCAAGUUUAAACAAGCUGCAGAAAAUACACAAAAGCAGCUUCAAGAUGGGUUCCAACAAGAAAAACAACAUUUGAAUGCUCAAUUACACAUCACGGAGUCUGCAUUGAAAGAGGAGACAGCUCGUGGAAACGAGAAGAGUGAACUCAUUCUAAAACUCGUUACAGAGACGACGGAGUCAAACCUUAAGAUGGCCGAACAGCAGCACCAAGUUGCGGCACAAGCAGAGCAGGUUCGUUUAUUGAAGCUCGAAGUUUUGGUACAUGAAGAUGAGGAGAAAAAACUGAACGAAUCAUUGGAUGAUGCACGGAGAGACUACGAAGUAGCGAAUUCCGAGCGGUUGAACGCUCUAUCGGAGCGAUAUGCGCUGGACGAGGAGAUCCGGAAGCUGUCGAUUCAAUUGGAGCGUGUAGAAGCGGAGAAAGCGAACUAUGCUAAAAGAAUGCACGAGACAUUGUUCAUGAACCAAGCACUACGAGCCAAUAAUGACCAGCUGAAACAAGAUUUAGUUGUUCUAGGAAUGGAAAAGGAUAAAGUAAUUGUCGAAAAACAGGGUUUACAAGAACAAGUCGAGAAAAUGCAAGAAGAGAUUAAUCGGCUUCAAGAACUCAAGGCACAAGUUGACAAGGAAUUGGUUGAAAACCAGAGGAUGCAAAGCCAUUUAGAAGCGCGUUUACAGACGAUGAAAGAGCAAUUUGACAUUGAAGUGGAGAAUAGCACCAAAACCCAGCAGGAGAUCGUUCGACUGGCGGCUCAGAUUGACGAAGGGAGAGUGCAGAUCGGAGUCUUGGAAGCGAAAUGCAACUUGUUGACAGCUGAAAAGCAGAACACCGGUAUGCGAGCACAAGACAAGUUACGUAUUGAGCGGCUACUGAAUCAAAAGAUGGAGCUCGAAGCAAUUGUGGAGGCUAACAAGGCUGAUAAAAAGAAGGAUGAAGAGCAAAUCUGGACUCUAAGAACGUCGUUGGAAGCUUUAGACAACGAACUGCAGCACAACAAACGCGUAUACUCAGCAGGGCAGCAAGCUUUUCUUCACUCAGAACGCACAUGUGAACAACUGCGACUACAAAACCAGGAGCUGGAGAAAAAUUACGAAAAGACCAAAAAGAAUGUGACGUCAUUGAAGGAGCGAUUCAAGAUGUACGAGACAGCAGCGAAGGAGCAGAUCACUAAACUGGAGGUGGAAGUCAAGGUAGCCAACGCCCAGCUUCGAGAGAUAACGUACGUGAAUAAAGACAACAUCGCUCAGAUCGAGCAGCUCACAAAGACACUAUCAGUAUCGGAGAAAGAAGCCACGGUCUUGAAAACUCGCAUUAAGGAGUCCGAGUUGCACGUCCGGGAGCUUCAGACCGAAAAAGAAGAUCUGCAACGUAACCAGAACGAGCUGAACAUGGCCAAUUCUACCUCAAAGAACGCGGUCACUCGAUUCGUCCUCUCAUUACAGAACAUGCUGGCACUUGUCAAGCUUGAUGAAUUCCCGCUGGACGAAGCAAUACGAGAAUUACUGUUAAUGGUUCAGGAUACAUUUGGCGAAGAACUGGACCUCGACUGCGUGCUUGGUGAAGACGACAAACCCGUGGAUAUCGAGCUUGAAGUCCAGGAAGACGUCACUGACGAAGAGCGUACGAGUCGUCAAAAGCGAGCAGAGGCGCGCCGACAAGGUAUCAUUAGUAUUGAAGGCUGCGAAGACGAAGAAGAAGAAACUAAGGAGGCAUCUGAUGCCGCUCAACGCGAGAUCAUUCGUAUGAGUCGAUUCAGGAAGAGUAAGCUGGACCAUCUAGUGAACAAACUCCAGCGUGAUAUAGCGCUCAAGGUGGAUCUAAUCGCCAAUCUGGAGAGCGUGGUGGUGGAACAGAAUCGACAGAUCUCUCAGCUGACGACAACUACGAGACAACAGGCUCGCGUGAUCAUGCAGUUCGAAUGUCAGAAGGGAAUGCUUCAAUCGGAUCUGGAGACGACAACGCUCGCACUAUUCAAAGCUCGUGCUGAGAAACAAGCCGUUGAAUUCACGUUGGAUCAAGUUCGAAUCGAUCACGUGUUACGUGCAAACCGCGCGUUUCAAGUUGAAGUGGUUUUAGCGAAUCUGCGACGCGAGUUUGACAUGCAGGUGAUCGCUUAUGAAGAUCUUAUGGGCAAGAUAGGGCGAAAAUACGAACAUGAUGUGUACAUGCGCUCGCUACGACGCAAUAAAGAAGUCCAGGCUACUGUGACCGUCACGGAUCAACCGAGUCAGACACUCGUUCCGCAGAGGAAUCCUGCCUUAGAGAGACCUCGAGUAUCAUCGCAAUACAUUCCUACUGACGUUACUGGAUCAUCGGAGACUUUACUCCAGAAGAUCAGUAGAGCCACAAGAGAACUGCUUCCUGGAGUGGCUAACGAGAUGGAUCUCCAUUUCACUGUGGGGAAAUUGAAGCGAGCGCCAAAGCAACAGCAGAAGCACAGUCUGGUCAGACCGCUCGCUUCCAGUCCUCGAAGUAGUCGCACGCAGCUCCGGGCACAAGCCAGUCAAGAUGAAAGCAGACGGCGUCAUCCUGGGAAAACCCGGAGCACUGUGUCCACCAGUAGUGAAGCAGCUUCUACGCUUCCACUCCUGGACGACAAAACUAGUGGCAUGUGUUCAUCUCCGUCGCAAAUGAUCCACCAUGUGAACGAGUUUGGUAUCAAACAAAACGUACUGGUAUCUCCUGCACGACCCCCAUUCUUUCCGGAACAUUCUCCCAGUCGAUCACUAUCUCCUCGACCUCCUGCUCAACAGAGUCCACAGCCACGUAAACCGGUACCACCGAAGCUGAGCGCCAACAAACGACCUCAAUUCCACCACUUACAACUUGAUACACAAUACGAAGAACGGCUAGAAUCCGCAGACUAUUCCCCUCAAAGCGCCCGACAAUCUAAUCACAGCCCCAUCCGUCUCCCAGUACCCUGUCAAUCCUCGCCCAACUGCACCAGUACUCUACGAUACAACCGUAACUUCGUCCGUACUGGAAUGGAAGUUCUACGCGCCACUGGAUCGAGCAAUAACCCGUUGCCAUAUCCCAACGAAGACUCUGAUGAUGACGAUGACUCGCUCUCCGAAGAUGAAAGUAACAGUAAUCCCGCACUCAGUCCUAGUCGCUUAGCCGCUGCAGUGAGUGGAUACAACCGUGAGCAACUGUCGCUCAAAGAAGCUGCAUGGCGAGAGACCCAAUCUCCUCGAAGAACCCUAAAUUACAGCGAAGACAAGCAAAACGAUGCACGCACAGGAACCGAGACCAACGAGGAAUUAUCGACACAAGAUCAACACUCGCCAUUUACCCAAGCAGUGCUGUAUCCUAUUCUACCCAACCAAUAA